AUGGCAGCGGACGACCGGCCGCUCUUGAUGCAGAUGCUGUCGAUGGUGACCACCGCUGCAAUCUCGGGUGUGGACGACAACUUUGCCAUGCAACUCAACGGCACGAAACAGCUACAGCGCACUCGCAGGCUAUGGAUGCUAGGCUCAUUCUCGCCGUGGACUGGCACCAAGAAUGACGCCCAGCGCGAGGAAGGCGGCGUCGUCGAGUAUGGCAGCUGCUACGAAUACAUGUACAGGAUCAUACCCGCUAUCGCACUAGCAAUCUAG